AUGGCUGCUUGUCUUAUCCAGCGAUUAUGGCGACGAGCACUCAAUCAGAACAUCGAUGCAACUGAAAGUCAAGACGCGGAUGAAGACGAGAAACCGUCUCAAGUUCCUCAGCGUCGAGUAUUUUCCAUCGCUGACGUCGUACUUGGAGCUGCUGUCAAGAAGUCGGUGGGACCGAGCAGCCAGAGACCUCCAGAACCCCCUCCUUUAAACCCCGCAGUGUCCGUACCCCACUUGAACUUUAGUAAUCUGGCGGAACCAAAGCCACCUCGACGAAGUUCUACUGUGUCGUCCAUACGUCUGGCUGAUCCGAAUGAAGUCGAGUUGUCCACAAAAUCACAAGGAAAACAAAGUGCACGCAGCGACGUGUAUGAUGACGAUGAAGAAUGGAAAGAGUCUCAGCCACACAACGGACCCGCGACAUCGCGUACGAGUCGGAGCACCGCGGAUCAGUUACAAACUCCCAAACAGCAAUCGACAGCCGUAACCCAGCACUUAAACCGUAAUAUCGUCGAAGAAGCAGACAUCCACCGUCAAAAUGGUACAGCCACACGCAUCCAGGCGUGCUUCAGGAGUUUCGCUGUCCGUCGACGUAUUGCUCUCGAGAACGCAAGUGAUUUGAGUCGGGCAUACAUUGAACAGAGACACUUUAUCCUCACUCUGGACCAAGCAGUAAGUAUGGUUUUAGAGCAGGAUUUCUUGGAAGAACUUAGCGCGAUUAAGAUCCAAGCCCUUGUGCGUGGUCGUCAAAGUCGACUACUAACCGAGUGCACCAAGGCAGGCGUAUACACUGCUGCGAUCACAAUUCAAAGAUCCUUUCGAGUACAUCGUCAAAACACCCGUCGAGCAGUUGACGAAGGUGUUCGUAGUAUCGCAGCUCGCACCAUCCAGCAGGUUUUUCGUGACUAUGAGGCUCGAAGAGCAGCAGUUCAUCAGGCUGCAGUUAACGAAGAGCUCUUGAGUGUCCAGCAAAUAGCUGCGAACACCAUUCAGAGCUUCUGGAGACAAUACUUUACCGCAUUUGACCACAACCUCGAGGAGAUUGAAGCUGCCACGUGCAUUCAAGCGCUCAGUCGUGGACAUCUUACCCGUAAAUCGUUAAAGUCUCUGCGUGGUUCAUCAAGUGGCUUCUCAAAACACUCGUCAGCCUUCUUGAUGUCCUCAGUUGAAAACCUUAUUGAGGGUGACGAUUCCGCAAGUGGUCGUAAGGAAACUCUGAGCAUCAACUGCAGUUUCUUACCGCCCAAGAUCCGCGAGUUGUACAUGUCAAGUGGGAACCAGGUCCAGAGUUCAGAUAAUGAGAUCCAAGCACAAGAGAUCGCCGAGCUCGGACUUACAUUCGCAGAUUUCUUGCGAGAGCUGGAGACUGGAACAGACGAGGCUGUGGCCAUUUCAGCGUUGGACGCCAUGCGUGUUCUAUUAGAGACGUCCCCAGAGUCAACGAAAACUCUGGCAAAUGUAGUUAAAGUGGCACAAGCGCUUGAUCGGAGGUUACGGGACGGGGUUUGGAACGAAGGUAUCGAGACAUCGAGCAUGGCACUACUUCACGCCUUCCGGGACGUAUUAGACGCUCAAUAA